UUGAUCUGGCUUUGUGGGACUGAGUCUAAGCGUUCAUGAUUGAAACUUGACAACACUGUUGCAAUGAUCGAGAUCACGUGAUGUAGCCAGUGUAUUUUCGUCUACGUAUCGCAGUGUUCAAGAUGAAGAAAUUGUAUAUCUUCGUCGUUGUAGUGGCUAUUGCAGCUGUCAUAAUCCUCAUUAUCAGUUUUAGCAAAGUUUUUCUCAAUCUGUCAAUCCGUUCUAAUGAAUCAGUGAAACUUCAGUCAAUGCUAGUUAAGUCAACUUCAAGACCUUUACAUUUUUGUGCAGCUCAAACAGCCAAUGUUACACGCCUUCUUGAAGCGCAGAAGGAAAGGCACAAGAAGGAGAUAGAAGAAUUAAAAAGGAAUUUAUUAAAGCUUUAUGAGAACAUUAGAGACAAAACUGCAGAGGUAAAGAGAUUGAGUAAGGAUACAAGUUACUGUCAAGACGACGGUGGACUAGACGGGCUUGCUGCGUGUGACAGUGAUCCUUUGGCUCAGCGACUGUUGGAUUAUGUGAAAAAUGAGCAGGCACACAGUGUUGACAAGAACACAUUAUAUCAUCUGGCAACACCACAGACAAAUGUUGCUAGUGAGUAUGAGGCUGUGCAUUGGGAAACAUUUACAUCAAAACACUUCUACCACAUGAGUGAUGGAAUUGCAUCCAGUCCAAGACAAAAACUGCAAAGAGAACAGAGUGAAGUCAUAUCUUUGGCUGUUAAACUCAGUAAUGAGGAAAGAAACAGUUCAGCACCUGUUGUAACAUCAGCUGAUCUUUUCGAAGGAUCAAGUCUGAUCAAUAGAACACAAGGCAGUCUGUACGAAUUGUACUUUGACACGCCUACAGCAAGCGCAUUCAGAAACAUAAAAAUUGUUCGACCAUUUGCUGCAGUAAAACUCAUGGGAAAUCCAACCAUGAUUGAUCUCAAGGGCAGAUGGAUCAACAUUAUUCUCACAUUGCAAGGGCGUAUUGAUCGCUUUGAAUCGUUUGUCAAGAUGUAUGUAGACCUGUGUGUCAAGAAAGACAAGCACGUCUUUCUGACAGUUGUAUACUUUGGCACUAAACAGAGAAAGGAAGCAGAGAUGAUAUUGAAGAAAAUGGAAAAGCAAAACAGAUAUGCUUACUACAAAUUUCUCAGCUUAGAAUCAACAUUUUCGCGUGGGCGUGGUCUUCAGUAUGGUGUGGAACAAAUCAAUGACGCAAAUGCUCUCAUGUUCUUUUGUGAUGUUGACAUUGUUUUUAACAACGGAUUUUUGGACCGAUGUCGAAUGCAUGCACAAACUGGCAAGAGGGUUUAUUUUCCAGUGGUAUUUAGCCUCUAUAACCCGGAUGUUGUGUAUGAAAGCAAACAAAAACCUCCAGACUAUAAGCAACUUGUCAUCAAACACGAGACAGGGAUGUGGAGGAAGUAUGGCUAUGGAAUGACGUGUUUGUAUCGAUCGGAUUUCUUUUCUGUUGGUGGAUUUGACUUGAAUAUUGAGGGGUGGGGUGGAGAGGACGUCAAUUUAUUGAGACGAUUUAAAUGCUCCAGUUUAGAGAUUAUGAGAAGUGUUGAUCGAGGCAUCUUUCAUCUCUACCAUCCAAAGCUGUGCGAUCCUGGCUUGUCGGUCAAGAAAUAUGGACACUGUAUUGGAAAUCGAGCUGUCUACGAGGCAUCGCAUCGUCAGUUGGGACUAAUGGUCAUGAAUUUAACUGGAAACGGACAAGAUGUCAACAUGAACUCAAAUUUUCAACUGGUUGUUUUACUGGUGGUCAUGACAACUCUUGUCAUGCUUACCUACAUUCUACUUGGUACGUCGUUGCAGGACAGAGUAACGAGGCGUUAUUAUCAGAGAUCAGUCAAUAUAAAUUUCAGUAUUCACGAUUGCCAACUCAGACUAAAGAAAUCGGUAAAGAAACUAAGAGAUCAAGCCAAACGUCACAGGAAAGUUGUUAAACUUUACGAAGAAGAAAUGAUAGCAAUGCAACGUGCAAUAGCACAAGUGUCAUCUCUUGCAAUUAAAAUUGAAGCUAUACCUCAUUGUAGCUCAAUCAAACACACAAAUUUUCGAGAUGUCAGUAAUCAUUCUGGUCUGCCUCUGGACCACCAAUAUGAUUCUAUUCCAGAAGAGGAGUCGAUUUUGUGGGAGAAUUUUACACCACGUCACGUUUACUCUGUUGGUUCUGGUGUCUAUGAGGCUACUGCAAAACCAUUUCAAAGCUACACUGUUAACAGAAAGCUCGAGCACUUGCAACUUCUCUCUGUUGCUGGCAGUGACUUGCAGGUAGAACACAGGCGGUCAAAUGUGUCUGUAAGUCUCAGAAAUCUAGCGGAUGGAUAUAGCUUGUUUGAAAGAACUGCAGGUAUUACAUAUGUUCUUCACUAUCUGACCAAUAAGCGUAACAUCUACAGGCAGAUGGAAUUUGUAAAGCCGUUUGCUGAUAUUUGCCAGGUAAAGCCAGUCGACACAAUCAAUAAAUCUCACCAGUGGAUCAACAUUAUUAUCACUCUACAAGGGCGUCUUGAAAGAUUCAAAGCAUUUAUGCAGAUGUUUGUAGAUGUAUGUGUCAAGAGGGAUGAUCGCAUCUUCCUGACUGUUGUCUACUUUGGACAAAAGGGAAUAGAUGAAGCUAGACAAAUACUUAAAAAUGCUACUAAAGAUAUUCAGUUUAGAAAUUACAUUUUCUACACGUUAGAUAUAGAAUUUUCACGUGGGAGGGGACUCACACAUGGAGCCAAGAUGUCAAAGAUGGGAAAUAUUUUAUUGUUCUUCUGUGAUGUUGACAUUGUGUUUGAUCAGGGUUUUCUUGAUAGAUGUAGAUGGUACACGAGUCCAGGUAAAAAAGUUUACUACCCAAUUGUUUGGAGUUUUUAUAAUCCUGAUUUUGUGUAUGCUAACAAGACUGAACAUAAACAAUUUUCUAGGACAUCUCAUACAGGAACAUGGAGGAAAUUUGGCUUUGGUAUGACAUGUCAAUACCGUGACGACUUUUUUGAUGUCAAGGGAUUUGAUGAUCGAAUUCAAGGAUGGGGACGAGAGGACGUUGAUUUGUAUAAGAAAUUUCUUUAUUCAAAGUUUCAGGUUCUGAGAGGAGUAGAUCGAGGAAUUUACCAUGUAUACCAUUCAAAGCAUUGUGAUCCUAAGCUGACUGUAGUUCAGUACAGAAACUGCUGCAACAGUAGAAUUCGUUAUGAAGCAUCGAAGCUGAACCUUGGACAGAUGGUGCUGGCAGCAAGAGGAGAUCGAGACAUAACGUAGAUUGCAACAACAAUAUGGCAACAUAUCAAGAAGGCCACCGCACCCCGUACUAAAGACAAAUAUAUUACCGAAAAUAAAUCACUACCGUAGCUGUUUAUACAUGUUUUCCGACCUAAAUACAGUAUAUUUAA